CCUCUUCCUCCACGUUUGGUUCAAAAGGUAGAUAGAAAGAAGCAUUCCAAGCAGCUCUCCCGUCCACUUCUGCUUCGCCACCUUUCUCUCGCUUCCACCCAAUUUACCAAAUCCCCACCACCUCUCCCUCCCUCCCUCCACUCAAACACAAGCCCAUCUCUUCCUCUCUUUCAUCUCUCUUUCUCUCUCCCCGAACUUUUGUGCCGCACCGAUCAAUUUGUUUCUCUCUUAUGAUGCCAAUAAGCCAAUAAUAAACUGUGUUCAGAUCUGAUCCAAGAAGACUAAGAGGACGAAGAAGGUAAAAUUCAGUAAGAGAGAGAACCUCCGGUGAGACGGGAUGGCGCCCCGUCUCUUCGCGUGCUUCGGGAGAAGAUCCUCGUCGUCGUCGUCGAGUCGUUCGUCCAUGGAGAACGCUACGGCCGACCAGACGACGGAGGAGCAGAAGAGAGGUGGACCCGUCUUGGUCGAGCUCUUCUCGUCUCAAGGCUGCGCCACCUCCCCCGAGGCGGAGCUCUUAAUGUCGAGGCUUGGGAGAGGUGACUUCGAACUGGAGGUGCCCGUGAUCGUGCUGGCUUACCACGUGGAUUACUGGGACUUUAAGGGUUGGAAGGAUCCUUACGGUUCCAACCAAUGCACCGUCAGGCAGAAGGCUUACGUGGAGGCGUUGAAUCUGGACACCAUGUUUACGCCUCAGGUGGUGGUUCAGGGUAGAGCCCAGUGCAUGGGGACCGAUCAAGAUGCUCUCUUCUCUCACAUCUCUUCCGCCCCUCGCUUCCCCUCUCCCACCUUUCAGGCUACAUUCCAAAGGCCUUCGCCGGACACUUUGCAGGUCACUCUAACAGGAGCUCUAAGGACAAAGGUGGACAGCCAAGGCGCCGAUGUGUUGGUAGCCUUAUACGAGAACGGGCUAGUGACGGACUGCCCCGCCGGGGACAACCGAGGUCGUGUUCUGUCAAACGAUUUCGUGGUUCGAAAAAUUGAGAAGCUUUGCAGUGUCAAAGACAUAUCUGCUAAGAAAACUGUGAAUGGGAGUGUGAACUUCACUCUGUGGGAUGGGUUUAACAGCACAAAGUGUGGUGUUGUAGUCUUUGUUCAGAACAGAUCCUUCCACACUUUUGGUUCUCAGAAUUUCAUCUUGCCAGAUGACCUCUAAAGCUAUAAGACUAGAUAUCCGAGUCUGUGUUUCUCUCUCUGUCUCUGGAUCUUUUAUGGUCUGCGGCGUGUGCUUCAUAAUCCCUCCUAUUACUAUUCUUGCUUUUCCUUUGAUAUGAUUUCUGGGUGUUUAAUUUUUAGGAGAUUUGCCACUGAACAUUGUUUUGGAUUCAUAUUUUGACGGGGGAGACGAGGAGAGAGAUUUAUUUGUAUUCACCCUUCUUUAUAUUGUUUCUUUUCUUUCC